GUUAUACUGUAUAAUUAAUAUUGUUUGAUUAUAAUUUAUGAUAUUAAAUAAUAUAGGUACUAUUUUGAAGUAUUAAUAGUAUUAUACUUUUUCAAUCAGUUCAAUUUCAAUCGUUACCUGUGGUUCCGUAUUUCUGUCAUUUUGAAUUUCCGAACUUGAAUUUGAAAAAACUAAAUUUCAAAUUGUACAUAACGCAAUACAACUAAUACAAGUGAUAAUACAUGGUAUUACGCUGAUGUUGAUUGUUAUAUUUUAAUAAAUAGCAGCCAGCAGGUUAUUAUAUUUAUAAUACCUAUGUAAUAAAAUUUGUACUUAUUUUUUCGUAUUGGAAUUGAAAGAUUGAAUGUAAAAAGAAAAUGUGUGGCCGAACUGCUUGUAACUUGAAAUGUGAAACUUAUUGUAAAGCAACAAGCUAUAAAGAUCGUAAAGACACAUUGUAUCGUCAACCAGAAUGGCACAAUGAAAUGAAUGAUAACUUUGAAUUUAAACAAUCCAACAACAUAGCACCUACUGAUGUAACUCCUGUUCUUGUUUCUGGUGAAGAAUUUGUAGGCUAUCCUUCUAGGAUAUUGACACCCAUGGUAUGGGGUAUGAUACCUCCCUGGCAUAAGGGAAAUUUUAACAAUCAUGGAUUAAGUACAAAUAAUUGCCGAAUAGAAAGUGUAACAACUUCAAAACUGUACAGUGAACCACUGACUAAAGGAAGAAGAUGUAUAAUAGUUUGUGAAGGUUUCUAUGAAUGGAAAACAACAGAAGGACCUGGAAAAAAAAAGCCAUACUUUAUAUACAUGCCCCAAAAAAAUGGAGUUUCAGUGUAUGAUACAAAUGCUUGGGAAUCAGCUCAAUGUUCAGAGCAAUAUGGUUGGUGUGGACCAUCUCUACUACAAUUAGCUGGUAUUUACAAUAAAUGGAAGUCAUCAAAUGGAGAUGUUUAUAGCUAUUCAGUUAUCACAAUGGAAUCAAGCAAAACGUUUUCACAACUUCAUCACAGAAUUCCUGCAGUCUUAGAGAAUGAACAACUUAUAGAGGAUUGGUUAGAUACCAGAAGAGUGUCUGCAAGUCAAGCCAUCUCUAUGCUUCGUCCUACUGAUAAUCUGACCUGGCAUGAAGUGUCAAAUAUAGUCAACAACUCACGUAACAAAAGUGAAGAUUGCAAUAAACCAAUAUCAAAAAUAGUCAACAAAAGCAGCACAUUUAUGACAUCUUGGUUGACAGGAAAAAAUAAAAAAAGUGAUAGUAAUGAUGAAGAUCAAAUGAGGAAAAAACCUAAAAAUUAAUUAUUUGUUAUCAUAAAACUUUAAUUAAUGCAAACAACAUAAUAUAUUA